CAACACACACUGCAGACAGCUGCACAUGACAAUCUACAGCAGCACGGACUCUUGCUGCUGUACGCCUGUGGACCAGAUAUAACAAAGAUUCAAAGAGAGGGAGGUAGAACGAGAAAGCGAGAGCUAGAAAAAGAUAGAGAGCGCGAGGAAGCUCCAGGGAAAGGAGGACAGAACUCUUUGUCUUGAAAAGUGUGUUUGAAAGGAAUCGCCACUGAAAGUUUAUAUGAGAGGCCAGCUCUCCUCUGGGGAGUGAAGCUUUCAGCCUGGCUGGCUACUUUCUUGCUCUUCCUUCAGAUGUUUCUACUGUGAACUAUUUGGCUGGCUCACAUCUCCAGUCUCUCCACACUGUCUAUAUUGUAGAGUACCCCUGGGACCAUUCACGUGGAUUGACGGUCACUACUCAGCACUGUCCUUGGAUCAGUUUUGCACAGCUCCUAAAGGAGAUGAUUGACCUGGCUGGCCUGAGCUAGGAUCAGAUUAUCUUGGAGUGCAGAUUUUGCGAGAAGGGGAACAUUGAAGCUUGAAUCGGGUCUUGUUCAGGCUUGAUUGAAUCCGAUAACUCCUAUUUAGUCGGAUAUGUUCUACUUGGGUUUAUACACUAUACUUGUGUCCCAUUGUGCCCCAUGAAGCGAUUUGGGAGCCUGAGGGCGAGCAAGAAGAAGAAGGAGCCAGACAGACGGACAGGGAGGAGGCAGUCCGAGCCCCACGGCCUCUUGGGAAACACCUCUGGGAUCUCCUCGCCCCCCUCAACUCCUCCAACGCAGUCCGUCAAGCAGCCACCGGCGUUCCUGCUGGAGGCCUAUCGGAGUGAGCCGGAGAGGCCGGAGGCACGGAUGCGCUCCUACUCUUCCCCGCCAGACACCGGGCAACGCUUCAGUCUACCCUGCACCAAACCACCCAUGACUCCCUCCGCCCCCAUCUCUACCUCACAAUCACAACCAGUCGACAGUUUAGUUGAAACCAUGCUGAAGAAACUUGAGCUAGAAGAUGAAGCUGUUGAAGAAUCCGAAAGGGAUAUCUACAUGCGCUUUAUGAAGUCACACAAGUGCUACGACAUUGUUCCUACCAGCUCCAAGCUUGUUGUUUUUGACACUACUCUGCAAGUAAAGAAGGCUUUCUUUGCCUUGGUUGCCAACGGGGUGCGGGCAGCCCCGCUAUGGGAGACGAAGAAGCAGAGCUUUGUCGGAAUGUUAACCAUCACAGACUUCAUCAACAUCCUCCACAGAUACUACAAGUCUCCCAUGGUACAAAUAUAUGAGCUGGAGGAGCAUAAAAUUGAAACGUGGAGAGAGCUCUACCUACAAGAAACCUUUAAGCCGUUAGUGAACAUAUCACCUGAUGCAAGUAUAUUUGACGCAGUAUACUCGCUCAUCAAGAACAAGAUCCACCGGCUGCCCGUCAUCGACCCAGUCAGCGGAAACGCACUUUAUAUCCUCACACACAAGAGAAUCCUCAAGUUCCUCCAGCUGUUUGUGUGUGAGAUGCCAAAGCCUGCCUUUAUGAAGCAGACCCUGGAGGAGCUGACCAUCGGCACCUACCACAACAUCGCCUUCAUCCACCCCGACACACCCAUCAUCAAGGCCCUGAACAUCUUCGUGGUCCGGAGGGUGUCCGCCCUGCCAGUGGUGGACGAGUCAGGGAAAGUCGUGGAUAUUUAUUCCAAGUUUGAUGUCAUUAACCUUGCUGCUGAGAAGACCUACAACAACCUGGACAUCACGGUGACCCAGGCUCUGAGGCAUCGCUCGCAGUACUUUGAGGGUGUGAUGAAGUGCAACCGGCUCGAGACACUGGAGACCAUUGUGGACAGGAUAGUCAAAGCAGAGGUCCACAGGCUGGUGGUGGUGGGCGACAACGCCCACAUCGUGGGCAUCGUUUCCCUGUCGGACAUCCUGCAGGCCCUGGUGCUCACCCCUGCAGGCAUCGACAGGAAGAGCAGCCAAGCACAAUCAAAAGCAGAGGCAGAGGCACCACCGGAAACAUUGGUAGAGGCAGAGGCACCACCGGAAACAUUGGUAGAGGCAGAGGCACCACCGGAAACAUUGGUAGAGGCAGAGGCACCACCGGAAACAUUGGUAGAGGCAGAGGCACCACCGGAAACAUUGGUAGAGGCAGAGGCACCACCGGAAACAUUGGUAGAGGCAGAGGCACCACCGGAAACAUUGGUAGAGGCAGAGGCACCACCGGAAACAUUGGUAGAGGCAGAGGCACCACCGGAAACAUUGGUAGAGGCAGAGGCACCACCGGAAACAUUGGUAGAGGCAGAGGCACCACCGGAAACAUUGGUAGAGGCAGAGGUAGUAGGGGCUGGAAACUGAAGCUGAGACUGAGAUGGAGAACGCUGAAGCCGUGGCAAAGACUGAGGCAGUAGUGAAGGUAGAGACUGAAGCUGGACCAAAAGAUGCUGAGGGAAAGUCGGCGUAUGUGCUGUGUGUGACUGAUCUGCCGUGACACGGGACAUUGCUGUGAGAGGAAGUUGACUCGGAAGACUGAUGGAAGUUGAACCCCCAGACUGAUGCAUUGUCUGGGCUGAGAAAAGGGUUGGAUCUGACUGGUGGGAUGGGUGGUACAGUCAAAGUGACCCUCUGGGUAACCAGGGCCCUGAUGGGUAAUUUGCUGUGAUAGGGGAGACGUGGUCACAUGGGUGACUGACUCGGGCUGACCAACCUGGGAUUAUUUUACUAGAGGGUUUGGCGGUGGUGCCUCUUCUCCCCCCUCAAGAUUGUGCAUCAUCACUCCCCUCUACUUUUACCCCCUGGAUGUUCCAGAAAUAACCCCUACCCCCUAGGCCCUCAUUUAGACUUGACAUGAGUGGAAAGGUAUUAGCAACAUGGCUAGUAUUCCAGCUAGCCUAUCAGAAGCCCUCAAGGUGGUUUGAGUUAUUAUAAUCUUGUUUUUAGUUGCAGGUUAUUUUCCAUUUGAAUCAUAAUUGUGUCAGCUCUCCUUCAGGGAAAGAGUAUUGAGUUGUUUUUUUCUUUAUUUGCACAAGGUUUUGUGAAUGGAAACAAGGGAUGUCGGUGGCUCUCCGAAAACUACACCCAUUCCCCCUGCUGCUUAUGAUGUCCCUGUGACAGUGGGCGGAGCUUGCUGUCCUAUCUUUAACGUCAUUGGUGCCUUUUGAGAGAUGUAUUUUUGAAAGAGAGCGAAAGAGGUGAUGGUAUGACGACUUUGUUGCUCAAUGCAAUUCAAGAAGAAGCAGCUGCCUAUAUCCAAUAUAUCCAAUAUGUAUUUACAUUUCUCCAGUUACUUAGAGGCAUGCAAGAUACAUCUUGUACUCUGUAUCGAUCAUACUGGAAAUAUAGAGAAACCUUUUGUACUGAGGAAACUAAGUGCCAGAGAAAGGACAGUUAUAUUUUUUUCUCAUUAGUCAAUAUUGUAAGAUCAUGUUCUUUUUGUAAUAUUUACUGAUCAUUUUCUUGUCAUUCAGAUUUUGAAGUUAUAAUUGUUGAUAGUCUCAGAUGAGUUGUUUAUCUAUUGAAAAUGAACAGAUGUGUCAUGAGUGCCACAUAAUACAUGUUUCUGUUAUUGAAGUUUUCUUUUGCUGUUUUAAAAAACAAGUAAUAAAACAUACUACUGAAA